AUGGUAUACACUCGAGGAGCGGCAUCUGACUACGAUGACUGGGAAACUGAAUACGGAAACAAAGGCUGGGGAUCAAAGUGUGGAAGGGUAUUCUUAACAGGCACCCUUGUUAAUUCGAAUUCAAUCAAGGCGGAAACACACCAACCAAAUACGCUGAAUUCCACACAUGGAAGUUCAGGCCCGCUAAAAGUUUCAUUCGCGCCAGAUUUAGUAAAUGUCGGAGAGAACUUUUUGGAAGUUGCAGCCGCCUUUGAUCAGGAGCGCACCAUCACAGACGACACCAAUACAUUUACUAGCUGUGAUCAGUACGGACGAGUGCAAAGGUAUAUUGACCUCAAGACGGGACGAAGGUCUGACACUGCACACCACUACAUAUACAACCAAGAGGGCAAUAAAAACCUUGCAAUUUUGGACAGACACAAAGUUACACGCGUCGUUUUGGAAGAUGGCCGGGCAGUUGGCGUAGAAUAUUUUAAUGAAUCCAAGGGAACAGAAUCUCCUUUGCUCAUCGCUCGAGCAUCUCGUCUAGUCGUAGUUUCAGCAGGAGCUUUCGGUUCACCAGCAAUUCUCGAGAGAUCUGGGAUUGGUGGAGAGGCGGUAUUGAACAAAGCUGGUAUAGACCUUGUUGUGGACCUCCCUGGCGUCGGAGAGAACUAUAUGGACCACAACGUCAUCUUUCUUCCUUUUGUCGCAACAGAGGACGCGGACACUAUGGAUCAAAUUUUCCGAGGAAGCACCGAAGAAAUCAAAGAUUACGAAACGCAAUGGUUGAAAGAUGGAAGUGGUUUGUUAUCGCACAAUGGACUUGAUGCUGUGGUCAGGAUGCGCCCAAGCAAAGAGGAGCUUGCCGAAAUCUCACCUGAGUUCGACUAUCGAUGGCAAUCUUAUUUCGCUAAAGCUGACCAUCACGACAAACCUGUCAUUUUAAUGGCUCCACUUGCUGCCUACUGUGGUGUCAACCCUGAAGUUCCACGCGGGAAGUAUUACAGCAUUGGCUAUUACUUGGGUUAUCCAUCAUCAGUUGGUAGCGUCCAUGUCACUUCUAAGGAUGCAAAAACUCCGUUAGAUUUUCAUCCUGGGUUUCUCGACGAUCCGUCAGAUCUUGUUUCCCUUCGAUGGGGGUACAAAAAGGCUCGUGAACUUGGCCGCCGGCUCAAAUACUACGCAGGGGAUCUAGUUGUCGGACAUCCAAUUUUCAAAGAAAAUAGUAAUGCCCGAACCAUACAACCGGCAUCUCCUGUCAAUGUUUCUGCUCCCAUUAUCGUUUAUUCGAAAGAAGAUGACGCUGCCAUCGACGAAUAUCAUAGACGAAACGUUGAGACCGCCUGGCACUCGUUCGUUCCACGAUACGUACUGAGAUCGAGCUUCACGCUCGUUACUUAG